UCUCGCCGGCCGCUAGGGGGCGCUGGGCGGCUCCGCGCCUCAGCCUGCAGCAUGGCGGCGGCGGGCGCCUCGCGGCCCCAGGCCGGGGUCGCUGCUGCCGCCGCCACGGCGGAGGAGUCGUCGGACAGCGAGCCGGAGCAGGAGCCGGGCUCCCCGCACAAGCUCAUCCGCAAGGUCUCCACGUCCGGCCAGAUCCGCCAGAAGACUGUCAUAAAAGAGGGGAUGCUGAUGAAACAGACCAGCUCAUUCCAGCGCUGGAAGAGGCGAUAUUUCAAACUGCGAGGACGAACGCUCUACUAUGCAAAAACUGCAAAGUCGAUAAUUUUUGAUGAGGUUGAUCUGACAGAUGCCAGUGUGGCAGAAUCUAGCACUAAGAAUAUCAACAACAGCUUCACGGUUAUCACCCCGUGUCGGAAGCUCAUCCUCUGUGCAGAUAAUAGAAAAGAGAUGGAAGAUUGGAUUGCAGCACUGAAGACUAUACAGAACCGUGAGCAUUUUGAGUCUACGCAGUACAGUAUGGACCAUUUCUCAGGGAUGCAUAACUGGUACGCCUGCUCACAUGCUCGGCCAACGUACUGCAAUGUGUGCCGGGAGGCAUUAUCUGGGGUCACAUCGCAUGGACUCUCAUGUGAAGUAUGCAAGUUUAAAGCUCACAAGCGGUGUGCUGUCCGGGCAACCAACAACUGCAAAUGGACGACACUGGCGUCUAUUGGGAAGGAUAUAAUUGAAGAUGAAGAUGGGAUUUCAAUGCCACACCAGUGGCUGGAAGGAAACCUCCCCGUGAGUGCCAAAUGCAUGGUGUGCGAUAAAACAUGUGGCAGCGUUCUGCGCUUACAAGACUGGCGCUGUCUCUGGUGCAAAGCCAUGGUACACACAACCUGUAAAGACUUGUUACCAACUAAGUGCCCCCUUGGCCUCUGUAAAGUAUCUGUCAUCCCUCCCACGGCUCUGAACAGCAUUGAUUCAGAUGGGUUCUGGAAAGCCACUUGCCCCCCGUCCUGCACAAGCCCCUUGCUGGUCUUUGUCAACUCAAAAAGUGGAGACAACCAGGGUGUCAAAUUCCUAAGAAGAUUCAAACAACUGCUGAAUCCGGCACAGGUCUUUGAUCUUAUGAAUGGAGGACCUCACCUUGGUUUACGUUUAUUCCAGAAAUUUGACACUUUCCGGAUUCUGGUUUGUGGUGGGGAUGGAAGUGUUGGAUGGGUUCUGUCCGAAAUUGACAGCCUCAAUCUUCACAAACAGUGCCAGUUGGGAGUGCUUCCCCUGGGUACAGGAAAUGAUCUUGCCCGGGUGCUAGGCUGGGGAUCUGCAUGUGAUGACGACACCCAGCUACCACAGAUCCUGGAGAAGCUGGAGAGGGCCAGUACCAAAAUGCUGGACAGGUGGAGCAUCAUGGUGUAUGAAACCAAACUCCCUCGUCAGUCAUCGACUUCCACAGUCACUGAAGAUUUCAGUGAGGAUUCUGAGGUGCAGAAGAUUCUCUUCUAUGAAGACUCUGUGGCUGCUCAUUUGUCCAAAAUCUUGACUUCUGACCAACACUCUGUGGUUAUCUCCUCAGCCAAGGUGCUUUGUGAGACAGUGAAGGAUUUUGUGGCUCGAGUAGGGAAGGCCUACGAGAAAGCGACGGAAAGCUCGGAGGAGUCGGAGGUCAUGGCCAGGAAGUGCUCUGUCCUGAAGGAGAAGCUGGACUCCCUUUUGAAGACAUUAAAUGAUGAAUCUCAAGCCUCUUCGUCUCUGUCAAACCCACCUCCCACCAUUGCAGAGGAGACAGAAGAUGGUGAUGGAUCUGGCAGUGCUUGUGAUUCUUCUAGUGACCACUCCAUGGGAUCAUCAUGCACUCCCCGUCCCCAGAUAUUCCGGCCUAGGGAGCAGCUAAUGUUGAGAGCCAACAGCCUGAAAAAAGCCAUUCGUCAGAUUAUAGAGCAUGCAGAAAAAGCUGUUGAUGAGCAGAAUGCCCAGACUCAGGAGCAGGAAGGCUUCAUCCUGGGGCUUUCCACCUCUGAGGAGGGAAAGGAGCUGAGGAACGAGGAUAAAACCUCCCUGCAGCCAUUGCACAGUGGCAACUAUGGAGUUCCCAAAGGGAGGAGUCAUCGGAAAGUGUCCAAAUCUUCUUGUGAAAGGCUAAUAAACAAAGGAAGUUUGUCGUUGGGCAGCUCUGCAUCUCUUCCUCCCCAGACAGGAAACCGGGACAACCUGCCGAUGCUCAACACAAAGAUCCUCUACCCGAAUAUUCGUGCUGGUAUGUCUGGUUCUCUGCCUGGGAGUUCGGUCAUCAGCCGAUUGUUGAUCAAUGCAGAUCCCUUUAAUUCUGAGCCAGAAAACCUAGAGUGUUACACUGAGAAGUGUGUCAUGAAUAAUUAUUUUGGAAUUGGAUUGGAUGCAAAGAUCUCUCUGGACUUCAACAACAAACGUGAUGAGCACCCAGAGAAGUGCAGAAGUCGUACUAAAAACAUGAUGUGGUAUGGAGUGCUCGGGACCAAGGAGCUACUACACAGAACAUACAAGAACUUGGAGCAAAAAGUCUUACUGGAGUGUGAUGGGCGUCCGAUCCCUUUGCCCAGUCUUCAGGGGAUUGCUGUACUCAACAUUCCCAGCUAUGCUGGAGGCACUAACUUCUGGGGAGGCACCAAAGAAGAUGAUACAUUUACAGCCCCCUCCUUUGAUGACAAGAUCUUGGAGGUGGUAGCCGUGUUUGGUAGCAUGCAGAUGGCAGUGUCACGAGUGAUAAAUCUACAGCAUCACCGGAUUGCACAGUGCCGGACAGUGAAGAUAGCAAUCCUGGGAGAUGAGGGAGUGCCUGUACAAGUGGAUGGAGAAGCCUGGAUUCAACCCCCUGGUUAUAUUUGGAUUGUUCAUAAGAACAGGGCACAGACACUAACUAGAGACAGGGCAUUUGAGAGCACCCUAAAGUCCUGGGAAGAUAAACAGAAGUGUGAGUUGCCCCGGCCCUCCUCUUUCUCCCUGCACCCAGAGAUCAUGUCUGAAGAAGAGUCCACCCAGAUUAACCAGUUUGGUCAAGCGGCAGGAGCUCUGAUUCAUAGCAUUCGGGAAAUAGCCCAGUCCUAUCAAGACAUGGAACAGGAACUUGCUCAUGCAGUCAAUGCCAGCUCCAAAUCUAUGGACAAAGUAUAUGCCAAAUCCAAAUCGACAGAGGGUCUGAACUGCAGCCUUGUUGUAGAGAUGGUGAAUAACGUUAAAGCCCUGCAUAGUGAGACAGAGCUUCUGCUGGCUGGCAAGAUGGCACUGCAGCUGGAUCCUCCACAGAAGGAGCAGCUCCUAGCAGCGCUGACAGACAUGGACCUUCAGCUGAGGAAGCUAGCAGACAUCCCUUGGCUAUGGCAACUCAUGGAGCCCAGUGAUGAUGAAAACCAGAUGCUGGAUUAUUCCAAACGCAGCCGCAGUGGCAAAUUUCGACUGGUGACCAAGUUUAAAAAGGAGAAGAACAACAAGAAUAAGGAGACUCGUAGCAGCAUGGGACUGCCUGUUCACCUCUGGGGAACGGAGGAGGUUGCGGCCUGGCUUGAGCAUCUCAGUCUUUGUGAGUAUAAGGAUAUCUUCAUCCGGCAUGACGUCCGGGGCUCUGAGCUCCUGCAUCUCGAACGGAGGGACCUCAAGGACCUGGGAGUGACCAAAGUGGGUCACAUGAAGAGGAUAUUACACGGGAUCAAGGAACUGAGUCGGAAUACUCUUGUCAGCGAGGUUUAGCCUCUGUUUUCACAGCCUGUGUCUACCAUUCCCCCUAACUUCUGCACAGCAUUCACCUCCCAGAACAGCUAUGCUCAAAACUGUCACUGUUCAGAGUUCAUAUCAGCCAGUCAUGGUGCUACCUUUUUUCAUGUGGGGUACAGUUGCAUCCAGCAGGAGGCACCUUAUCUGCUGAGGGGGGUGGAGCCUCCCAGAAGAGAACUCAUCAGCCAUUUGAAGAACUCUGUCCUUAGACAUGGAAAGUCUUAGUUCUGGUGACAAUGCAGGACAACUGACAAUUGCAACACAGCUACCUUUAGUGUGUGAUUUCAUCAUAUUGGAAUUAUUAGGGCAAAAGAUGUAUUGGCCAGUCAUAGUCUUUUCAUAUCCGAGACUUUCCCACUGGUCUGUAUGUGACAGCUGUAUCUGAUAUUGCUCAAAUGGGGCGACGCUUGUCCUUUUGGCCUAUUGGAGCCCCCUUCUGGAUACAUCCUUCAAUUGCAUGUGAUCUGCAAGAGAAGCUCAAAGCCAGUGCAAGUCUGCCCUUCCAGUGAUUCUCUCUCUGUCACUUAUGCCUUGCAACAAACAAUGCAUGUGGUUACAGCCUUUUGCACCAGCCUACAGUCUCACCCUCGGCCUGUGUCUGUCCUUCUUCAGCCAAUGAUGGUGGUGCAGCCAAAUUCACAGCCACUGGAGUUAGGUGAAAAUUCCAGCCAGUCACAGAGGACAUUCUCUGGCUAGCCCCUUAUACCUUGACGAUAGAGCAAAAAUAGUACAGGCAGUUCACUUAUUAAAUCACCCAUUCAGUGUUCAUCUUUAGGAGGCUGGGGGGAAGAGCCACUCAUGGCAGGAGGGGUAAAUUAGCCAAAUGGGAUACAGAAACAAUUCAACCCACCUUGUUAGGGGAGCAGCAUGUCAGGCACCAGAUUGGAGCCGGUUAGGAGCGGCUUCUUUUCAGGUCAGUGCCACUUCCAUAACCACAAGUGAAUGGAUACUAACAAUAGACCUGUGGCUUUAAUUUGUAUACAAGGGCAGAAAACACUCCCCUCUCUUGAAGGAUACAAAGCUAUCAUUGAAACUUGCAUCUUUUCCCCUAUUUAAGUCUUUGUGCUGCUGCUCCCCCUCCUGUCUCUCUCAAGCUGCCUUGUUCCCUCACAACGGUGCUGGUGGAUGCCAAAGGAAACAGGGUUACUUACUCUUCAUGGCAUUGUACCUGCUACUAAGAGAGCAUGUGCCUUGGAACAUUGAGGGAUUUUGUAGAAGCAUCUGGAGUUAGUGUUACAUGGCAGAGGAGCAUCAUGUUGAAAAGUGAUGCCCCUUUGGCAACUAGCCUUUGAUGCCAGCAUGUGGAAGAUGGGAAAAUCAGCACUUCUGAAUCAGAGGUUAUAGACUGCUUCUAGAUUCCUGUUUUAUUGAUUAACCUCUGUCAAGUGACUGGCGAAGCCCAAAGCCCAGCAGACCUAGUUCAGUUUGUGUGAUUAUCAUUGGGGAGGGGGCUUGCUGGCAGUUAGCACCAAAAAGCUGGAAAGAGGGGAGGACUGUUUUGUUACAUCUCUUGUAUGUUUUUGUUUUUUGUUGUUUUUUUUAAAUGAGUGGCACUUGGCUGACCCUGCCCAUAGACAGGGAAAUGAGCACAUACACAGUGGCACACAAUUUAAUUUCUGAGAGCAACUUUUUUUUUCCUGUUCUUCAUAAGGUCUGUAUAGUUAACUGAAUCUGCAGUGUCAGACAUGAUGUUUUCUGUGAUGGGAUUAAAUUGGCCCAUAGUCUCCCUAGUGCCAACUCCUUUGAAUUCAAGAGAAUUACUCCAAGGGUUAUUUGGGCCUUGAGUGUACGGUCUUGUUUUCUCUCCAGUUCAUGUCUCCCUACACGUCUCCUUUUCGAACAGAGGACAUCAGGGUUUGCUUAUGCUUGAUUCCCAUAGCAAAACCCCUGAUAUAAGCCAUUGUAGGGAGGGAGCAGAGAGAGGAAAUUUUGCAACUCUGCUCCCAGGGCUUCUCCCUCCUUACUUUUCACUAUCAUCCCUUUCCACAGUGAUUUUUUUUAAUUAUUAGUACAAAGCCCUCUUGCUGCAUUGGCUCCCCUAGUGUAUUGAACAAGUAAGAAUCAUAGUUCUCUUACAGCUGCUUUCAUUUGCUUGUUUGGAUGCUGAUCAAGGCCUGUGUGAGUGUUAGGAAAACCCACUGGUAAGCGAAGCCGUAGGACCUAAUAAAGAGUAUUGCUGCACAUUUUCAUUCUUACUGAUGAUAACCAAGUAGCGCCUGCUUCAUGGUAUCUUCAAGAGUGUGUGUGUUGGUAGCAGUGUAUACACAGGUAGGAGAACACAUCAGGGAAGAGAAGUACCAUGUGAUAAUUCUGGUGGAAGAUGCAGCAAGGAAAGAGGAUUUCUCUCUUUUUGCUCAGAUUGUGAAAGAACCACAAUUCUUGCUGAUUAUGCUUCUUUAAGACGUCUCAUGGUUAGAGGAACAACGUGUGCUUACCAUGCUUGCAUUACUUAGUCCUGGAUAGAUUCAGUUCUUGUCUCAAUAGGAACAGUUCCUCUGUAUUUUUUUUUUCCUAAUCAGACUGAUGGUGAGAUCCUAGCAGGUCCCCUCCUGUUCAGACAUACUCCUUAGAACAGCAACUUAUCCUAGGAGGACUGAAGGUCACUUGUGCAUCUGCUUUUGGCAAUGUGUCCAUUUUGUCAAGGAGUUAAUCUCUGCAUUCUUUAUUUCCCUCUGUGUAUCCCAAUAUAUUUCUUUUCAUUGGUGACUUUUCCGAAUACACUUAUAGCAGUGUCACUCUCCAUUGCAUUAGCUAUCCUCCAGCAGCAUCCCAUGAGAAUGGAGACACACGUUCUGCCUCCUUUUAAGAGUUAGAGAAUGGGAUCUUAUAUUUAACCCAAGUGCCUUUGGCUGUGCAUGAGGUACAUAUCUAAAGAGAGGGUGUACCUCAGUGCCACUGGGAGUAAUGCCGACUUUCUAUAGCUCAGGCUCUGGGCCUAAAAUGGGAGCACUGGUGUCAAGCAUCACUGAAAGAUGUCUCCAUGUGCUGGGUGGUCAGACUGAGGUUUUAGCUUACUUAUUCAGAGUUGUCCCUCUGGUAUCUGAUAAGCUUUUCUGUAGGAGAGAAAAUGGCUUGGACAACUCAGGAAAACCAGACUGAAAAAAAAUGUCACUGCUAUUUUGCCAAAAACAAAACUCUCCUGCCCUGUCAAGCAAAACACCCACUUGGGAAAAGUUAGAAUUUCACUGCUCUCUUGUACAAGUUCAGUCUUUUAAUUAAAAUGUUACUAGGGUCAAGGCUUCAGGUCACCUUCUGCCUCAUCACUCCACUGCCCUGACAAUGAUUUGGGAGGGGAAGAGCAGUGUUUUACUGUGGCAAAUUGGGCGUGUGGUUUCUGUUACCAAUAAUGGAAGUUCAGUGCCUCGUUUACCAGGCAUUGCAGUGGAAAUUUAUUCAUUGGUGGCAUAUUCUGCCCUGUCACCCUAUUCAAUUCUUGCGAUUGCAUGCAGUAUGAGUUAGAACAAGAUUUGCCCACUAGCUGAUCAAGAAUGUCCUAGUGUGGGCUUCCUGGGGGAGGAAAGGGUUUUUAUUUAUAACAUGGUCUUACCUGUUUUGCUGGAGUUCCUUUACAGUGCUUAGACUAUAAACAUUUGACCAAGAGCCGCAUGUGCCAGCUGUUCAGUGUAGGUAAAGUGUAUUAUUUAUUCUGUUUAGUUCUAGUGGUGACUUGUACUCUGUCAGACAAUGAAGACUUGGUCAGUAUACAUUUCACUAGAGAGAUCCCAUCUCUAGGAAGGCGCCUCUGCAGCUAGGAAUCUCACAGACUGUACAGAGCCGCUUAGUCCCAGAAUUUCUUGGACUGCUCCUGACUCCUAUUCAAAGCUUCUUUUGUUAUUUUAGUAUUAUUUAAAGAUGCAUAUAUGAGCUGUGUGAUAAAGUGAAAGACUGUUUACACAAAAAAAAUUUGUAUCUUCUGAAACGUGUGUACUGUAAAAAAGAAAGAUGAAAAAUAAUAUUGUUUAUAAGGCUGUCGGCAGUAAUCGCAUGUCCGUAUCGCUGCCCACCAACUGUUGUUCCUCAGGGGUGUCCAUACCAUUCCUGUGAUCCUGUCAAAAGCAUAGGGAAGCACCUGGAUCCCUGUACAGUCUUGGAAAGAAGGUUUUGUGCCUUAAGAAUGGGAUCUGCUCCCCUCCUAUUUAUUAUCAUAAUUUAUACAGUGAUUGCCAUGGAAACGCCUCUUGUAUUUUAUGUACAUAGUUUGCUGUUGAUUGUUGUAAAUAAGUUGUUCUUGUAUAUAAAGCAAACCUGUUU